AAUUGCUCGAAGCUCGCAGUUGUAUUCAGGCAGUAGUCGCCUAGUAAGUCGGAACGUUUUUUUCAAAGGAACACGUUGCAAAGAAACAUACAAGAGAAGGAACGCGAUAUAUAAUAUAAUAGAUAAAGAAGAAAGAUAGCGUGAAUCUCAGCGUGUUUAUAAGCGUUAGAGAAUUACGAAGAGGUUACCAUCCACCGAAAGAGAAAGAGAAGAGAGAGAGAAAGAGUGGGAGAGAGAGAGAAAGAAAGAAAGAAAAAAAGAGAGAGAUAAAGAUAGAGAAAAAGAGAGAGAGAGAAAGAAAGAGAGAAAGAAAGAAAGAAAGAUAGAACUUAUUCGAGCUGCAUAAAAAUUUGCGUUUCUCGUGGCAAAUAAAAAUCCGAUAUAAGUUUUUCGUAGGAAAAGUUAUCUAGAAAGGAGUCACGGUGAUAGUGAGCAACACGCCCUGAUCGGAUACGAGCGACGAGUGCUCGUCGAGAGUAUAUAAAAAAAAAAGAAGUUGAGAAAGAGGAGAACGACGACAUUCUUGCGACGGUUCACGAUCGUUGAGGAAGAAAGAAGUACUAACAUUCUACGAGACAUAACGACAAAGCUGGUGUACCCUUCGUUAGGGCAAUCCAUCUGUCUCGACGCUCAACGUCGCUGCGACUCAUAUUUUCACGCUAGAAGGCGGCCGUCCAGCAGGGCGAUACCAUUUUAUAUGACUUUUCUUCGACGACAAGAAACAUCCAGGAUAUCAUCCAGAGAGAAAGGAUCGGUGUACAGGAAAGGCGGCGGUAGUAGGACAUCGUCCAAACGGUUUACAAACGGCAGCACCAUCUCGUUCGUUCGGUGCAAUCCUUUGGUAGGAUCAAGCGGUGAAUCGAUCGCACCAACCUGGUUCCCAGGGAUUCUUAGAGGCACGAGAAACGGACAGGCAGCGUGUAUGAUCAUUGAAGAAUAUCCCCCUCUGCCCAUCAAACCGAGGCAAAAUCCGCAUCAAGAUAUCACCCAACGAUUUUUAAAUCAUCUGGUCCUGCCUAAACACAGGACCUCAAAAUUUUCCAGUAAUAGGCAUCGGAAGCUACAACCGUUCAGAGAAACGUGACUAUUGUCAGCGGGUAGAGCGGCAUACCUUACCGCGGACAACGAAAACCAUCCUGACUCGACACGUUACGAGCUACCAUCGGGUAGCAAUUGCUUGGCAACGUCGCUACACAGCAAUCAAACUGCCGCUGGGAAACGUGAGAAGGAGGAGAUCUAGAAGAA